GCCAAACGCCUCCAAUGGCAAGUAACCUCGGCAACGUCACUUUUUGUAAACAAACAAAACUUGAUCGGAAAUACGAAAUAUCUUUUGGUAGUGACUGUGACGCAAAGCAACACGUACCGCUUUAUUAAUCUAAGCACGUACCUACCUACCACUGAAUAAAUCUUACUGAAAAUGAAUGAUUCCUUUAAUUCUAAUGUACCAGAACCCAAAAAAGUUGGUGUCUGGGCCGAGGGCACCCACAUAGAAGCAAAAGAGUACAUAAUUCCAAAAAAAUCACCUGACUCCAGCGAUGAUAUCCCCACAAUACCAGAUUUAGACGAUUUACAGGACAUUCUAGAAAAGGAAAUAUCAAUGCCGCCUGCGACUGACCGCAAAGACACCGACACAGUGAACACUUUAGCAGAAGUGGGCGGAGGCCUGAGUGCAUCUGUAGACAGUGUGGAUUCAGCAUUAGAGAUACUAAAAUCUUACAUACCUCAAGUGGAUAUGGAUUCUGCAGACUCAGUGUGGACUGUGGAUUCACUGCUCACUCAACUAGCUGAGGAAAUUCAACCUGUAGUUUUGUAAUUAACCACUCUUGAACACUUAGGAUAAACAUUAUGAUUUGUAAAACAAUUCACAGCUUGCAACAUUAAUUAAGUGCAAUUUAGAUUUAUUUAUUCAAUUUAUAGAAU